GCCACAUAAUAAACACUCCAAAUCUCUCUCAAGAGAGCCCCCCUGGCCACGUGUCCAGCUGAUAUCCAUGCAAGAAGAUCAAAAGACCCAACUCCUUGUUGCCUGCUAAAACACAGAGAGUUCAGCUAGCUAGGAACCAAAACCAAGGGCAUGGCAUCCCUAGCAACCUUUGCUUCUGUGCAGCCUGCCACCGUCAAGGGCCUUGGUGGUAGCUCUCUGACCGGAACAAAGCUCCAGGUCAAGCCAUCUCGCUUGAGCUUGAGACCCAAAAAUAUGAGGAGUGGCGCUGUGGUGGCGAAGUAUGGUGAUAAGAGUGUGUACUUUGAUUUGGAGGAUUUGGGCAACACUACUGGACAGUGGGACUUGUACGGAUCAGAUGCACCUUCUCCAUACAACCCUCUUCAGAGCAAGUUCUUUGAGACGUUUGCGGCUCCAUUCACCAAGAGAGGAUUGUUGCUCAAGUUCUUGAUCUUGGGAGGUGGCUCCACACUAGCUUACCUGAGUGCUACUGCUUCUGGUGACAUCCUACCAAUCAAGAAGGGUCCUCAACUUCCACCAAAACUGGGGCCACGUGGCAAGAUCUAAUUUACCCUUUUCAUUGUAUGCAUCUUUUUUUUUUUUUUUAACUUUGUAAGUUUGUCUAAAGCUUACUUCAUAAUCAAGACUACUGUUAUUGAUUCAAGUAUACUUGUCUUCAGUGUGAUAUGGGGAAUUCCUCUUUUUCUUCUUAA